AUGUCAACCUCUCUUACAAGACGCGAUGGAUUUUCAAACAAUUUCACUAUAUGCUCCGGUGUGUAUUAUGCGCCUUGGGGUUCAGAAUGUCAGAGAUUUACUGACACUGUUUAUUCGCCGUCAAUCAAAUUGUAUCCAAAAUGUCACAAAAACGCUGCAUUUUCAUACAUAGUAUAUGAUUUUGACAAGAAUCUCAACAUCACGAGCAACGUUACGUACGGAAAUGGAGUUUCAGCAGGAUUUGGAGAUUUCGUCGUGCAUAACGGGUCUGAAUACGUUUAUGCCAAGGGGAUUUUUGGACCAAUGUUUAACGAUUCAUCAAUUAAGGAGUUCUCGGUUCCUUUACCAAAACCCGGAAAUUACUGUUUAGAUGUUCAAUCUCUGAAAAAUACAACAAACAAUAAAGAUUACGAAGUUAAGUUUAUCAUGUAUGGAAUGUAUGACCAAGAUUAUGAAAAUGCUGCUUUCCGUAUCUCACCUCUUCUACUGCCUGCUUUUUUCUCGGUUAUUUUGACACUCUUAUUCACAAUUUAAUAUACUUAUCGUUGUACGGCGAGUAGUGUAGGCAGAUACAGUCAUUUAUAAGAUAUUAUAAAGAACGCUACUUAUCCUACUUGUAAAGAUAGCAUAUUAUAAUAAAAAAUAAUACAAUAAGACGAUCGUAAUCUAAUUUUUAAUAAAUGUCCUUAGAGGAGCACUUUUAAAAGAAUCUUGACAGUAACAAUGAAAUCUUAUCCGUCAGGCUUUGC